CGACGCUUGACUCCUGCCGCGGCUCCUCAGUGCUGGGCGACAGCGCUGCUAAACAUGGCGUCGGAGGGGAUGAUUUUAACGAACCACGACCACCAAAUCCGCGUCGGAGUGCUGACAGUGAGUGACAGUUGCUUCAGAAAUCUGGCUGAGGACCGCAGUGGAAUCAACCUCAAAGACCUCGUCCAUGACCCCUCCCUGCUGGGAGGCACGAUUGCAGCCUAUAAAAUUGUCCCUGAUGAGAUUGAUGAAAUUAAGGAGACCCUUGUAGACUGGUGUGACGAGAAGGAGCUGAACCUCAUCCUGACUACUGGGGGCACUGGCUUUGCCCCACGUGACGUCACUCCCGAGGCAACAAAGGAGGUGAUUGAGCGUGAGGCUCCAGGGAUGGCACUGGCCAUGCUGAUGGGAUCCCUCAAUGUAACACCCCUGGGCAUGCUCUCCAGGCCUGUGUGUGGCAUCAGAGGCAAAACUCUCAUCAUCAACUUGCCUGGCAGCAAGAAAGGCUCACAGGAGUGUUUUCAGUUCAUCCUGCCGGCACUGCCACAUGCCAUUGACUUGCUGCGGGAUGCUGUGGUCAAGGUAAAAGAGGUGCAUGAUGAGCUAGAAGACCUACCAUCACCGCCACCACCCCUCUCGCCUCCUCCUGCUGCCAGCCCACACCGACAAACUGAGGACAAGGGCAUCCAGUGUGAGGAGGAGGAUGAGGAGAAGAAGGACAGUGGUGUGGCGUCCACUGAGGACAGCUCAUCCUCCCACAUCACUGCCGCUGCCAUUGCUGCCAAGUGUCAAGUCCUGCAUCAGAGUGAAAAGCCACGCUCCCAGCACAUCGUUGUCAUGGCAAAAGGUGGGCAGUCCAUACCUGGCCUCAUUUCCCACACCUGUCAUUCUUCCUGCCGCAUUGAUCACGAGCUGAUUCCGGACUCCAUCAUCUCUCGGGGUGUCCAAGUUCUCCCGCGUGACACUGCCUCCCUCAGCACCACACCCUCGGAGUCACCUCGUGCCCAGGCCACCUCCCGCCUCUCCACCGCCUCCUGCCCCACACCCAAAGCCCGGCUCCCUUCCAGCUCAUCCACCUAUAGUGUUUCUGAGGCGUCACGGAGAGAGUUCAGGGCUCACCUGGAUGAGGUCAUCACGCUCAAGUCAAGGUACUCUACCUUGGACCAGGUCCAGUCGCGGUGCAGCAGUAAAGAAAACAUCCUCCGAGCCAGUCACAGUGCAGUGGACAUCACUAAAGUGGCACGCAGGCACCGGAUGUCACCCUUCCCCCUUACCUCCAUGGACAAGGCCUUCAUCACUGUGUUGGAGAUGACUCCUGUCCUAGGCACUGAGAUCAUCAACUAUAGAGAUGGGAUGGGUCGAGUUCUGGCACAGGACGUCUAUGCCAAAGACAACUUGCCCCCUUUCCCUGCCUCCGUCAAGGACGGCUAUGCUGUCCGAGCGGCAGAUGGCCCUGGAGAUCGCUUCAUCAUAGGGGAGUCACAAGCCGGAGAACAGCCCACCCACACAGUGAUGCCAGGCCAAGUGAUGCGGGUCACCACAGGUGCGCCCAUCCCCUGCGGUGCUGAUGCGGUAGUGCAAGUGGAGGACACAGAGCUACUCCGUGAAUCAGAAGAUGGAACAGAGGAGCUUGAGGUUCGUAUUCUGGUGCAAGCACGCCCAGGUCAGGACAUCAGGCCCAUCGGACAUGACAUCAAGCGAGGAGAGUGUGUCCUGGCCAAAGGCACACACAUGGGACCCUCCGAAAUUGGCCUGCUAGCCACUGUUGGCGUCACAGAGGUCGAAGUUCAGAAGUUCCCUGUGGUAGCAGUUAUGUCCACUGGUAACGAGCUGUUGAACCCUGAAGAUGACUUGCACCCUGGGAAGAUUCGAGAUAGUAACCGCUCUACCCUGCUGGCCACCAUCCAGGAGCAUGGCUACCCCACAAUCAACCUGGGCAUCGUUGGAGACAACCCUGAUGAUCUUCUAAAUGCUUUGAAUGAGGGCAUCAGUCGUGCUGACGUCAUCAUCACGUCUGGAGGAGUGUCAAUGGGCGAGAAGGACUACCUGAAGCAAGUUCUGGACAUUGACCUCCAUGCCCAAAUCCACUUUGGACGAGUAUUCAUGAAGCCAGGUCUCCCCACGACAUUUGCUACACUGGACAUCGAUGGUGCCCGGAAACUCAUCUUUGCACUGCCAGGUAACCCCGUGUCGGCUGUUGUCACCUGUAACCUCUUUGUUAUUCCUGCCCUGAGGAAGAUGCAGGGAAUCCUGGACCCCCGGCCAACCAUCAUCAAAGCCAGACUCUCCUGUGAUGUGAAACUGGACCCCCGGCCUGAGUACCACCGUUGCAUCCUUACCUGGCACCACCAAGAGCCUCUGCCAUGGGCACAGAGCACAGGGAACCAGAUGAGCAGUCGACUGAUGAGCAUGCGCAGUGCCAACGGACUCCUGAUGCUACCUCCUAAAACAGAGCAAUAUGUGGAGCUGCACAAGGGCGAAGUGGUGGACGUCAUGGUCAUCGGGCGGCUAUGAUACUAGAGGGUCACACAUAACACUGAGAGGCACGGGGAGGGGAUGUGGGAGGGGUGUUUUACGGUGCAUGUCCACAUAUCAUUACUCUUCUGUAAUAUGCAAUGGCACAGCUGGUUUUUAUUGAUUUGGGUAAUGUUGAUCAAGUAUAAUCAACGUCUCAAAACACUAAAAAAGUGAUAGGGGACAAGAGAAAUCUAAAAACAUAAUUGUAUUUCAAGCAAAAGAAAUAUUAUAUUAACUUUUAAAGUAAGAAAAUAUUA